AUGUGUGGAUUGUGUUGUGCUAUUACUCUCAAACGUCCUUCUCAGGGUGGUCAAAGCAAUGAUGCAAAUUCUAGACAAGAAUUACAUGACAAUCUCCUAAAGGGAUUGGAUCUCAUCAAACACCGGGGGCCAGAUGCACAAGAUGUGUGGAUUAACCCAGGGUGUACUGUCGGUCUGGGCCACUGCCGCCUCUCCAUAGUCGAUCUCUCCAAAGAAGGCGAGCAGCCCCUGCACGACGACGAGGGCCACCUUCACGCCGUGGUCAUUGGCGAAAUCUACGACAACGCCGCGCUGACGGAGCAGUGCGCCCGCGAGUUCGGGUACAAGUUUCACGGCCGCAGCGACUCGGAGCUGGUGCUGGCCCUGUACAAAAACUAUGGCGCGCCGGCGUUUCUGGACCACCUGCGCGGCGAGUACGCGUUUGUCAUUUACGAUGACCGCUCCGGCGAGGUCGUGGCGGCCCGUGACCGGUUUGGCGUCAAGCCGCUCUUUUGGACCGUGGCCGGGGAUAAGCUCUUGAUUGCCGCCGAGGUCAAGGCUUUCCUCCCGCUGGGCUGGAAGCCCGAGUGGAAUGUCGACGGCAUUGUCCUAAACUCGUGCUAUGUCGGGAGUGAAACCAUUUUCAAAAAUGUUCACAGACUUCGGCCAGGACACUACCUCACCGCUUCUGCGGAUGGUAUCAUCAAGACGCAAGAAUAUUGGGAUUUGCAGUACCGUGACAAGACACAUGUUGAAACCCGUUCAGUGGAGGAGAUGGUGCAGGCAGUGCGAGAAAAGCUCAUUGAGUCGAUACGUGUACGAUUGCGAGCCGAUGUGCCCGUGGGUAUCUACCUGUCUGGUGGUCUGGACUCGUCCACCGUCGCUGGCAUCACCAAGUACCUCAUUGAACAAAAGGGCGAAAGGAUAGGAUCGCAGGACAUCAGCAAAAAGAUUGCCUGUUUCACGAUACAGUUUGACAAAGAUUCGGGCUUCAACGAGUCUGACAUUGCUUUACGAACCGCCAAUUUCCUCGGCGUCGACAUGCACGUCAAGGACAUGAACGAGGCCGAAAUGGCCCGGCACUUUUCAGACGCCUGCUGGCACAAUGAAUUCCACAGCUGGGAUCUGGGCACCGUGGGCAAGUACGCCCUGUCCGAGCUGCCGCGCCGCGAGGGCUUCAAGGUCAUACUCAGCGGCGAGGGCGCCGACGAGCUCUUUGCCGGCUACCCCUGGUUCGUGUCCGAGUUCCUGCUCGAGCCCGACCCGUCCAGCCCGCACCUGGACCUGCAGCGAGACGACGCCCUGCGCGCGCGCCUCGGCGCCCAGGCCCGCCGCGACAUUGAGAGCGUCUACCGCAAGGUCAGCGCGGGAGAUGCAGACCAGAACGGGAGCGGCAGCACGGACGAGAUUGCCCCCGAGCUCCGGCAGCGGCUCAAUAAUGUCCGCAACCCGUACUCGAUGGUGACGCGGCUGGCGCCUCAGGAGAUAUUUACGCCGGCGCUGCAGGCCAAGUACGACAGCAUGGACAAGCUGCGGCGCGUCGUGGACUCGUGGUCGCCGUCGGCGCAGCGCAGCAUCAUGGACAAGUGGCAUCCCGUCCACACGGCCAUGUACGCCUGGAGCAAGUCGCAGCUGCCCAACUUCAUCCUGACGGUGCUCGGGGACCGGACGGAAAUGGCGCACAGCAUCGAAGGGCGGCCGCCGUUUCUGGACCACGAGCUCGCCGACCUCAUGGGCGGGAUCCCGCCGUCGCUCAAGAUGCGCUACGGGCCAGAGCUCGGCCAGGGCCCCGAGGCCGGCGACAGCGCCUGGUGGAACAAGGACGAGCCGCAGGCCGCCGCGCAGUUUUGGGAGAAAUGGAUCCUCCGCGAGGCGGCCAAACCCUUCAUCACCGAGGAGCUCUAUCUGCGCCGCAAGCACCCGUACUCGGCGCCCAUUACGUGGCCUCGGGACGGUCCCUUGCACAACCUGCUCAAGAAGCUGCUCACCGAAGAGAAUGUCAGAAACAUUGGCUUCCUCGAUUGGCCCGAGGUGAAGAGGUCGUUGGAGACUGGAUUUGGUGAUGGCGCCAGUGUUGCGUCGACCAGGAAAUCUCUGAUUGCGGCCAGUCUCGUAACGCUGAGUCAAAGAUUUGGGAUUGCUACGGCUCGCCCGGAAAGAGGAGCCAUGCUGUAG